CGGCUUUCCCUCCCUCUCCGCCCCUGCAGUCACCGACCGCUUCGGUGAAGGCGAGCGAGGCCGAAAGGAGAGCCCCCCAAAGCCGGGUGUGAACGCCGAGAAGUCAACCCCCUUCCCUUCCCUCCCACCGCGGCGGUGUGUCGAGAACCUCCGCGUCCCGGCACGGCAGCCCACCGACUCCCGCGGUCGCUUCUCCGUCCACGUCGCCUGGAUUCGAUCGUCCGAGCAGCACCAUGGGAAAUGAAGCAAGUUUCCCCCUGGAGAUGUGCUCGCAUUUCGAUCCUGACGAGAUCAAGCGGCUCGGGAAGCGCUUCAAGAAACUCGACCUGGAUAACUCGGGCUCGCUCAGCGUGGAGGAGUUCAUGUCGCUGCCCGAGCUGCAGCAGAACCCGCUGGUGCAGAGGGUCAUCGACAUCUUCGACACGGACGGCAACGGCGAAGUGGACUUUAAAGAGUUCAUCGAGGGUGUGUCACAGUUCAGUGUCAAAGGCGACAAGGAAUCAAAGCUUCGAUUCGCCUUCCGGAUCUACGACAUGGACAAGGACGGCUACAUCUCCAACGGCGAGCUGUUCCAGGUGCUGAAGAUGAUGGUGGGCAGCAACCUGAAGGACACGCAGCUCCAGCAGAUCGUGGACAAGACCAUCAUCAACGCCGACCGGGACGGCGACGGCAGGAUAUCCUUCGAAGAAUUCUGCGCCGUGGUCGGCGGUCUGGACAUCCACAAAAAGAUGGUGGUGGACGUGUGAGCGCUCCUCGUCCUUCUCCUUCCCGCUCGCUACAGUCCCCGCCCCCUUUCCCCGUCACGGCCUCCAUCUCUGAAGACAGGCUCAACAAGUAAAAAAAAGAAGGUAAAAACACGCCGGAGAAAUGAUCUCUCUUUUCGGGAGGCGUCUGGCUAACUUGAGAAGUGAAGAGCGAGCGAUAGGAAGGAGAAAAAAAAAGGACUUAAAAGACACGUCGAUGAGGCGGAGAAGUCGUUCGUAUGUUUGUUUCUUUUGUUUGAUGCGUUCAUUACACAGUACUAUCUACUAGAAGUGCCAAGCAGAACAUAUCCACACACACUUUUAGGGCUCACUAGACGGGCCUGGAGGGAGGAGAAAAGCCGCGGUCCAUUUACCUGGGAAGUCGGAGCUGGGAAUGACGUCACGGCCGAGUCGCCAUUGUUCCAGUUACGAUGUCGGAAGUGGAGAUGAGCGCAUCCACAAACGCUAUUCUUGUUCUUGCCUUGUCUGAAUAUAAACAACGUACGGGAAAAUACGCACUUUCAAACACGCUGGACCGUAUGCCACCUGUAUCGGAUUUUUUGUGAACAGUGCAAUUCCGAUUGUUUUCAUCUCCGACCCAGGCCGCUUUCCUGCGUGGAAAUAAAUUGGAUACAUACGCAACGUCAACGCGAACGCUCCCGCGAUCAAGUCGCAUUCAUCUGACCAGAACGUCAUCAAAAAAGCGAUGAACGUCGUAAUUACUCGCCAAAAUAGACGGUUACAAAAUGAGUAGUUGACGACAGGGCAAAUCAAAUGUUUUAGGAACUCACGUCAUCAAGCAGCAAAACAUCUCGUAAAACUACUUGUAAAAAGUACAGGUCAAGUUAGGAAUCAAAAUUUUUGUUAACGUGAAUGAUUACAUUAAAAAAUCCGAUUCGGACGUCCGACCCUGCAGUUUGAACGUAGCCUUAGAGCGACGCAAACGAAUCAUAAGCGCUACUAGCUAGUGAUGUGCGAUACCACUCGUUUUCUUUCCCAGGCUGGUGUCGGCGAUUCCGAUCUGAUAUUGAUGCUUGGUGCAAACAUACGUAGCGUGUCUGGCAAAAGUAAAAAAAUUGUGUAUUUCUGGGGUGGCUGCUCUUAUCUUCAAACAAUGUAUAAUUUUAAUUGCCAGUAGUUUUCUUCAAUAAAUGCACUUACCUAGGCAGAUAACAUCCCUAAAAUUAUUAAAUUCUAACUGAAUUAAUAA